UUUUGAAAAAGUAGAACUUUUUUCAGUAUUUUUUAAAAAAGUGUUAUAUUUUGUACAAAAAUUUAGAGAAAAAUUUUCACCAUGGCUAAAUAAAAAAAAAACAUGUUAUAUAAUAUAUUCACUGAUUUCGCACAGAAAGAAUAAAUAUACGACAUUUUAUCCAUAAGAAUCUGUGAUGAUUGUUAAGAGAAAUAUAAAUUUCAGAUAAUUUACACAUUUUUUUGUCUCUUUUUCUCCAUAUUUGAGGUUGAGGAAUAGGAAAUUACGAUCUUGAACCGUUUGACGAUCAACGACAGCUAACAGCAGAGAGCAAAUUGACUUCUCGAAGACAAGUAGCGCUUUUUUUCAAAAUUUGUCGAUUUGUAGCUCCAAACGCGUCUGUGUCCGCUCGGAGGCAUGUCCGGCAGUCUCGAAAGAUUGUUUUUUAUAUCCAUUUCAUCGAAAUGCUCGAUACGCGUUCCACACGACAGCCACUGAUGUCGUUCGGACUGCUCGAUCGAUACUCGCCUUCGAUUCAUAACGCGGAACAGGCACGGAAAGUUAUUUCUACUCGAUUUUUGGCGAUAUUCGCACGGACCUGCACCAGAAACAUCCACGAAAUCGGCCAAUCAACGCUCAUACCGAUGGUAAUGUGGGAAAAAGUAAGCGAUGAAUUUUCAGUGGCUACAAUGAGGGUUGAUUAAAUCAAAAUUCAAUUUACUUUUUAUUUUUUAUAGAUAUAUUUUAUUAGUAUCAAAAGAACUGCUAACUUUUUAAAUUGUAUCUAAGAAAUUUACUGUUGAAUAAGUAGUUUUAAAAUUUAUAAUUUUGGCAAAAUUUAUUCGCACUUUUAUUUUAUUUUAGUUAUCAAAGUUUAUUAAAACAUAUUUCAAAUAUAUUCUGUAAAUCGACAGAUUGACAAGUAACCGUGAAGAUCAAGAACUCUAUCGAAUUUUCAAAAGCGAUUACGGUUAACUUCGUUUGUGACUAACGCGCCGCCGAUUUCGCAGAUGUCCAAGUAACCUUCCACGUAACAUCCACGAAAUAAUCAUGUUAUUAAGAUUCUGCGUUUUUUAAUAUCAGCGAAGCUCGGCCCGGAUAACGGGCGGAUAAAGUGUUUUCAAUAAACUGUUAUAUUAUCUGAAGUAUUCUUAAUUCUUCCUCAACGUUGCGUAUUUGGCGAAUUUUUGACAGCGCUCAAUAAUCCGAGACGUUCCGACCUAAGAAAUUAUGGUUUCUCGUCGUUCGAGAAAAAGAAAAAGCACGAUUUUCACGGAUCGUUCAAAACAAGAAAACUUUCACGAACACAGAACCAUCAAUUACUCGAAGAAUCGGCUGCACGAGCAUCCAUACGAGACGCGUUCGAAAAGUUGGAAAAGUAAGAUAGAAACGACGGAUCUGAUCAAAUCUCUCAUCCCAUCGAGACGGUCAUCACGCGACAGUAUUAUAUAUCUAGGCUCGUUUCAUAAAAGUCCACAGCUUAUAACGUUAGAAGAGGACAGUAACGGAAACUUCUUUGAAAAAUUUGUUCAACCGGAAGCAUGGCUCAACACCAGAAUCACAAGAAGUUGUUUGAAGUAACACAUAUAUUUGUAUUUGUUACAAACUCCAAUUG